UGAACGAUCAUGAAGCCUGACUUUAGCGAGUGGGCUAUGUUCGUGGCGUACCCAUCAAAGAGCACAUGCCGCGUCGUGGUGCAGCUCCUAUCACAUAUCGCACAUUUCCAGACGUUCUAGACGAAACUCAUGGGUCUGAGCCACUCUCGCCUGUCCUGAAAAACCCUGAUUCACAACUAGAUUCUAUCGAGUUUCGGCGCACACCAUAUCAAUGGAAGACGAUCCAAACAUCGCCUAUGGCGAAUGCAGUCGCCGGGAUGACACAUGCGAAUGCUGUCUCAGGGGGUAUCUCGAAUAUGACCUUGCCUCCCCAUGGCCCGGGGCGUCGUAGCGGUAUGGAUCAGGUUGCGUGGUUUUCAAGCGUCAAAGUAAGGCGCGACAAGGGCUCCAUUGGACUCAUUGGAGGGGACCUGAGCAAUGCAGCGUCUCCAUCCCGGACGAGAGGGACCCCGAGCAGUGGUGCAAGAAGUUUAAGCCAUUCAAGAGAUCCUGUCGAACAUCCAGACCUACCUCAAGAUGUUCCUGAUGAAAUUUCAUUAGUCAUGAAGAAACUCAACGGUAAGGUUCAACAUGAGAAGACUGAAACAUCAAAGAAGAACACCAAGUGUACUUUUACCCUUUAUGGCCCCUGGAGUGAAGAAGGCUCAGCAACAUUCAUGCGGGUAACGUUCUUCAACUUUCCGAAAGAAUAUCCUCGUUCAACGUCACCCAUUUCAAAACCGUCUGUGGAGAUUGAGAAAGGGGUUGACAUACCAAUGAAGACCCGUGCCAUCCUUCUACGUAAUCUUAGGCGUAUACUUGGUACCAAGGCUCCUGCCCUUGAACUGUGCCUGUUAUUCCUGCUGGGAUUGUACAAGAAACCAACACUCCCAGAUUCGAACUCUGAUGACGAGGUCGUGGUACCCCACCUGGCACGACAAGACUUCAUAGCUCCCAUUUUACUUGAUUAUCAAAGUUUGCCCAAAACAAGACACACUUUCGCUUCUUUUGGCAUCGAUGGCCAACUUGUCACCUUUUUCAGGAUACAGCGGAAGCAAGCACCUCCUGGAGACUCUCCUACUCGAACAAUGAAUCGCUCCUCACAUGAAUUUCACCGGGCCACUAGUGGAACACUGCUCGAUGCAAUGUGGGGUCUGUCGAGGCUUGCAACUGACGCACCUUUUAUCCCUCGAGAUUACGUGGAUACAAAACGCAAGCGAAGAACAAACUUUACAGAGAACCUCAUUAUCCGACCUUCAAUGCGUUCGCGUACCAGAGACCCUAAUUCGUCACCAUCGUAUGUCGAAGGGCAAGUGUCAAUCAAACGGUUUCCGAAAUUGGACAAUCUGGACCGUUCCCUUGGGUCUCAUGGACGUCCGGAUUUGGCACGUUCCUGGGCGUUGCUCCGCGACUCCCUCGUCCAUGCCUUGCCAGGAUCCCCGAAGACUGGUUCCGAUGGGAAAGCAGGCAUCGUGAAGCCGUUUCUGGGAAGGGACUUCACUUUCGUUUAUAACAUAAUGGUGGAGCAUUUCAGGUCAGAAUGUAACAUCCAAAUGCUCGCUAUGCUGGCAGUGCUCAUGCUGAAAGUUGAUGCCGUUGUGCCACAAGUUCCAUCUCCCUCUGUGCCUCAACCAACCACAAACUCAAUCUCCGCUGUUCCCGCCAUUGACUACUUCAGUCUUGUAGUCCCGUCGUCAACCAUUCAUACCCCAGUCACUGUCAUGACGGCUAAGCCCCCAACGAGAACAGAAGUAAGCUCCCGUCCGGUCCCCAUAGCCGCGCCUUCGCCUGCAAGCAUUAGUUCGGGUGUGCCAUCAUUGUCUCUAUCUUCUUCAAAGGUUUCAUGGUCAAGCAUUUUGAGUUAUCGCAAUCUUCUGGGAGGAUCAUCGGACAGCGCCAGCCCAGCUUCUCGGAGAGAAAAGAGCGUGUCGGGAGCAAGUGUGGCAUCAAGGGCAGAGCUCUCAAACGCAGCUGCAGCACCCUUGGAGAGCUACGAAGGAUCAACGCCGGUAGCACACAGGGGAACCGCAAGAGGCACCUGUCGAUCUCCCAAUACGUUGCGCCAAAACCCCCAACCGUCAAACAAUCCGUGACAAUUGGACUCAAGCCGAUGGAGCGCGAGGAACGGGUGUCAAUGAACUUGUCGACGCAAAGCGAGUGCCACCAGCUCAUCCAGGCCUACGCGAACAUCUUAGAUCGAUGGAACCUUAAGAUUGCCAGGGUCGAGUUGUUGAAGAAUCUCACUGUGCAUCAAAGCCGCAAUGACUUCACCCUCGGAGGUGGGACACUG